GACAGCUCAGCGUCGGCGGUAGUCGCUUUACGGCAGAGCGUGUUGCUGGAGGUCAGGCGCUUGACAAGAACUCGAGUUAAAUAAUCUGAAACGACAUCGAGUGUUUCCGCUUGGAAAACUCACAGAAAUUCAACACACUCAUUAUCGGGACAGCCUCUAUCGCUGGCGGUGAAUCCAGCAGUUCGUCCUUGAUCGAUUUGCCUUUAAACUCGAGCUUUGCGACACAGCUAGCUAACGUUGCUAGCGUUAGCUCGACUAGCAGUCUCAGCAACUCCUACCUGGCUUUCCGGUUUUCGCCAGGUUACCCUUCGGAUCUUUUACAACCAUGGACAACAACUCUCAAGGAUCAGGGGGAGUCAAAGUUGGUCUCGGGAGUCUCUUCGGAGGUGGCUCACCGGAGUACUCCAACACGGAGCUCGCCGGUGUUCCCUUGACUGGAAUGAGCCCUCUGUCACCUUACCUCAAUGUCGACCCUCGUUACCUGGUUCAGGACACAGAUGAGUUCAUCCUACCAACGGGCGCCAAUAAAACAAGAGGAAGGUUUGAACUGGCUUUCUUUACCAUUGGAGGAUCCUGCAUGACUGGAGCAACACUUGGUGCUUUAAAUGGUCUCAGGAUGGGUCUGAAGGAGACUAGAGACAUGCCAUGGUCCAAACCUCGUAAUGUACAGAUUAUCAAUAUGGUGACCAGACAGGGUGCUUCAUGGGCCAACUCGCUGGGCUCUGUUGCGUUGUUAUAUAGUGCUUUUGGUGUGGUGAUAGAGAAGGCCAGAGGAGCAGAGGAUGACCUCAACACAGUGGCUGCUGGGACUCUGACUGGGAUGCUCUUUAAAUCAGCCAGUGGCUUAAAGGGUGUAGCCCGAGGAGGUCUGGUUGGUUUAGCCUUGUCUGGUGCCUAUGCUCUUUACAACAACUGGGAACACGUCACCGGCUCCUCGUCAUCAUCCUCCAAGCUGUACUGAUCUCUCCCACACACAUACGUGCUUCCACAUCAGGGCCAAAUAUCUCUCCAGGACACAGCCUUUAACCACAGCGUUAAGAAGAAUUAGACUCUGGUCAAAAGCGGUGUGCUUUUCAGGGAAGUGGUCCCAGUUUGCUGGUUCACCCCCUCCCGUAGCCACUUUCCUUUCCAGGAGCGUUCUGUGAAUUUAAAGAUGUGUCGGGAGAAAGAAGAAGUGAAAAUGCGGACUAAAUUCCAAUGGAAAUCCAGCUGUAGGCCGUCCUAUAACACCCCUCUCUUCAUUUGUGUUUAUCCCCUGAGGUAUUCCUGUCACUGAUGUGAUCAGUAAUAAGAAAACCCUGUGAGGAUGUUACAGAGAGGCAUGUCAUUUGUUAUAUCAUUGUUUAUGUUCUUAGUCUGUGAUGCCAGUUUUGAAAUAUUUGAACCCAUGAAAUUUGGGUUAAAUAAGCCAAUUUGUAAGGUGACACCUGGUCUCUGUAGUUCACCAGAUGAAUGGCAGUGGAUUCAUCUUCUGGUUUUUUAACUCUAAGACUCUUCUGUCAUGGAAGAUCAAAGAGACUUUCAGCUACAAAGAGAGCUAAGCCUUAUGGUCGGUUCUACUCAUGUAUUUAUUGAAGCAUACCUGCAGUGCUGUGUGUUUUACUGUGUAAGAAUAAGUCACUAUAAAGCAGCACUCGAAGCGCCUGCUGUUUAUGUGUCUCCAUAAAUCAGCUGUAUUAAAAACUGAAAUUAAAAAAUGGCAAAUGUUGACAUA